AUGGCAAAGAGAGAAUGGCACGACUCAGGUUUGGAGGAAUGUCAUCUCCAGGAACUACCAGACCGGUUCAGAACAGAGUGCGACGAUAAUUUCGAGGACGACCGCCACAAGAACAGCGCGCGCCCUUUAACAAAUUACAAACGCAAACUGGCCCCAUCCCCGCAGUUCUACCCCGGAUUCAAUGACACAAUCGGAAUUGCCAACAGCUUCGUUCAGUCCAUGUCCCUCACCCUCCCCUGCUCAUGCUGGCCGCCCCCCGGUAACGAGGAGCGAGCAAAAGCCCGUCGCAAACCGCUUCCAGUUGCUCCUUCGUACGAAGAUCUCGCACGCCAAAGCUGUGUAGCUCGGUUCUCGCGGCACGACGGCCGAGUCGUUUGA